AUGGCCACACUGGCGGGGGAGACACACACACACACACAGACGAUGCUACACUACAUCGUGAACCACGGGCGCUAUGCUACAACUGGACGCCCGAAAUUGCCUAUUGGGCUGGCGAGAUCAGCCUCUGCAGACCAUCAUAUGGGCCCCCCGUGGCCCCUUCACCAUCAUGAUCCAUCAUGA